AUGGCGAUUCUUCACACAGAAAUCAUACGGCAUCACCAAACCCAGCGCGACGAGACGCGCCGACACGCUCUGCCCGUUUUAGGCAUCUCCACUGAGCCGAGACAUCGAAGAUAUCAGCAAAACGUCCUGAUCAUCACGGUUGAGGAGACCGACUCCAUUCGUGAGGUCAAGCAGGACAUUAAGGCAAGAGUUGCCGAGGCUGACGAGCCCCUUUUUUACAACGGUGUAGAGCUGGCAGACGAAGAUGCCACCCUGCUGGAGUACAACAUCGCCGGCUCCCGAGUCCCCGACCACUGUCCUGGUGGUCCACUGAUCCAUUUGGGCGGAGCGCCCUGGAGAUCUUUUGAUCUGGAGCCAGAGCACGUCACAGCUGAAACCACUGUGGCCCAGUUGAAAGGACGAAUCACCUCUGAGGUGGGCAUCCCUUACCUCUGCAUGAAGCUCUUCGCGGGCCCCGUGGAACUCCGCGAUCCGCUGCCGCUGCAGCGCUACGGCCUGGCGGGGGACUCAGCGGUGCAGGUGAUGACCACCAGGUCUCUGUACACGGGGCCUGCCGCGUGA